AUGAAGAACCCUUUUGAAGAAGAACCGCUUGGUGAGGCGAAUGAACCACAUUACCCAAAUGCUGCAUUCACGAGACAUUCACCCAAGAAACUAUACAGCAUCACAUCGUUUUCAAAUAUUGACUCUUUCGAAACAGGAAGUGAGCAUUAUGACCAUGCUGACAUGACCAAAUCACCGGACAUAUUCUCAAGAAGCUCUUUUCAGCUUCAACAAAAGUCACUCGACUUAAAUAGCACGAAAACUCCAAAACUUGAUGUUCAGAUCCCUUCGACACCGAGAGCAAGAUAUACAUUAAAAGAAAGCCCUAAACGACAGAAGCAAGGCGGUUUCGUAUUCGAUGACUUCAAAGAUAACAUCACCGAUGGUUAUAACGAGAUGCAUAGCCAUCAUGGCUCCACAACAAGUACGACGAGGAGUAAGAGAAUACUCGAACCACCUCAGCCAAUCUUUACUCCGGAAACUUUCGCCGAAGCUAAUCCGAAUAAAAAUGAACCAGAAUGUCUGUCUGAUGAAAAGACUAUCGCAUCCGAUUUUACGCAAGAUUAUGAAUUCCUGGUAUACCAAAAAGACUACGACGAAAUGUCGAUCUCAGAUGCGAACACAGCCUAUAGCUCUGGCUAUCAAUCUACUGAGGGCACAAAUGAGUAUUUUGGAUUUUCAAUCGACAGGGAUAUGAUGCAAAAAGUGCCAACUGAUUUCGUUCCGCCCAAAGAUAAGAGGGUUACAAAGCGCAAGGUCCGCCUUGUAGGUGGUGAAUCGGGAAAUUUUGUUCUCGAAAAUAGAAUUCCAGAAGAGCUCAAGAAGGUAUUAACAAGAACCGAAUCUCCCUUUGGAGAGUUCACAAACAUGACAUACACAGCUUGUACCGCUGAACCCGAUGAAUUUGUCAAAGAUGGAUUCACAUUACGCCCCGUAAAAUACGGCAGAGAAACUGAACUAGUCAUUUGUGUGACUAUGUACAACGAGGACGAAUAUGCUUUCGCCAGGACAAUGCAUGGAAUCAUGAAAAAUGUUGCUCACUUGUGUCUGCGGUCAAAAUCAUCCACUUGGGGGAAGGACUCAUGGAAGAAGGUUCAAGUCGUAAUUGUGGCUGACGGCAGAAACAAAGUAAACGAAGCGGUACUACAGCUUCUUACUGCAACUGGAUGCUAUCAAGACAAUUUGGCCCGCCCCUACGUUAACAACAAAAAGGUAAAUGCACACUUAUUCGAAUAUACUACUCAGAUAUCCAUCGAUGAGAACCUCAAGUUUAAGGGAGAUGAGAAGAGUCUUACACCCGUUCAAGUGUUAUUCUGUUUGAAAGAAAAAAAUCAAAAGAAGAUUAACUCUCAUAGGUGGCUUUUCAACGCGUUUUGUCCCGUUCUUGAUCCCAACGUCAUAGUGCUUCUUGAUGUGGGCACAAAACCUGACAAUCACGCCGUUUACAACCUUUGGAAAGCGUUUGAUAAAGACUCCAAUGUCGCAGGUGCAGCUGGCGAAAUCACAGCCAUGAAAGGAAAAGGGUGGGUCAACUUAAUAAACCCACUCGUUGCUUCUCAAAAUUUCGAAUACAAGAUGUCCAACAUUUUAGACAAACCAUUAGAGUCACUUUUUGGGUACAUUACUGUCUUGCCUGGUGCAUUAUCGGCGUACCGUUAUAUUGCUUUGAGAAAUAAUGCUGACGGUACCGGACCAUUGGCAUCUUACUUCAAAGGCGAGGAUCUUCUUAACUCAAGACGACUUACAAACAGUAAAACAAAUUUCUUUGAGGCAAACAUGUAUCUCGCCGAGGAUAGAAUAUUAUGCUGGGAACUUGUUGCAAAAAGGAACGAGAACUGGGUUCUCAAAUUUGUAAAACAGGCCACUGGGGAAACGGACGUGCCUGAAAGUAUCCCGGAGUUUUUGUCUCAACGAAGACGUUGGAUUAAUGGGGCGUUUUUUGCGGCACUUUACUCAUUGCGGCAUGCGACUAGGAUUUGGCAAACCGAUCAUUCAUUCGGGAGAAAAUUCUGGUUAUGUGUUGAGUUUGUUUACCAGUUUGUUAGCACUGUUUUGUCCUUCUUUUCGUUGAGUAACUUCUACUUAACAUUCUAUUUUCUCACGGGAUCACUUGUUGCAGAGGAAAGCGUCGGGAGAGGUGGUUUUUGGGUAUUCACAAUCUUCAACUAUUUGUGUAUUUGUACACUCACAUCGUUGUUUAUUGCAUCAAUCGGUAACAGACCUCAUGCAUCAAAGAAUCUCUUCAAGACUUUGAUGAUUCUACUAACAAUUUGCGCUUUAUAUGCUUUGAUAGUGGGGUUCUACUUCGUGAUCCGCACCAUUCAAAAGUUUGGAAUGGGUGAAUCUUCGACUUACGUGUUCGUGAGUAUUGUCGUUUCACUAUUGGCCACCUACGGAUUGUACAUGUUGAUGUCAAUUCUUUACUUGGACCCAUGGCAUAUGUUGACCUGCCUGGUGCAGUAUUUCAUGAUGAUUCCCUCUUACACUUGCACCCUUCAAAUUUUUGCGUUUUGCAACACUCACGAUGUUUCAUGGGGAACAAAGGGAGACAACAAUCCGAAGGAGGACAAGUUUAAUCAGUACAUCAUCCAACAAAAUGAGGAGGGUGAAUUUGAAGUGAUAGUUCAAGACUACAACAUUGAUGAAGUAUACCUCGAGACCCUUUAUUCAAUCAGGGCGAGGAGGUCGAACAAGAAAGUUAAACAUGAACUCAUGCAUUCUGUUGAUCUUGACGGUGAAGACUACGCAAAGCAUGUAAGAACAAAGGUUGUACUACUGUGGCUAUUACUAAAUCUCGUAUUUAUCAUGACAAUGUUGCAAGUCUAUGAGCCAGGAGAAACGGGCAGAAACUACUACCUUGCAUUUAUUUUGUGGAUGGUCGCAGCUCUUGCAAUGUUUAGAGCGAUUGGCUCUACGGGUUAUCUCUUGCAACAUGUUGCUCGUUGGAUGGUGGAGUGCUUUAACAAAUGGUCACACAAGCGCAAUGGCUAUCAACGGACGAGGAUAAAUGCGCUUAAUUAG